ACUUAGCUUAUUGAUUCCGACUGACUUGACAGUGUGGUUCUCAUUCGGCUUUAGCCUGAACUUCAUGUGCCAAACUCCUUACCGACGAGUCUUCACAGACCAUGUGACAGUUUGCUCGGCGGACAACACGAGAAAAAGAAAUGCUCGGCGGUUUCAAAGUUGACCCGAGUUUCAGAGAAACGGUCACCAAAAGUCGUCGGUUUCUCUCCCGCUGAGCUCGAGUCUAGCUAACGUUAAGACCGACCAAGAAACAACUUCUGCCCGAGCGGCAGCCACUGUUGGGGUGGGGAGACGACGACGGAGCUCCGCGGUCAAAGAAGCGUUAAAAACAGCGGGUUUAACAUUUAAUAGAUUCAGAGUUUAGUUAUUUAUUUUACCACAAUGCUCAAGCUUUGCCUACAGACAGCUCUUCGGUCGGCUGUACAUAAGUUACCAUCAGGACUGAGCCAGUUACCACCGGGGAGGCUGCCGGGGACUGGGCGACACACACCGAGCUGCUGGAUGGGAACACACGGGAGAAACGAGCCGAGGGAGCCGCUUAACUCCCCGAAGGGAGCCAAAGACUUUAUCUACCGCCUCCAGUCGGCGGAGAGGACGUGUUUACUAAAGGAGCUGCAGAGUUUCGAGUCCAUAGCCAUCGCUCAAGAGAAGCUGGAGCCGUUGCCGCCGACAGCAGCCCAGAUCAGAUAUGUUUUGUUCCACAACGCCAUCCCCUUUAUUGGAUUUGGUUUCCUUGAUAACGCCAUCAUGAUCGCAGCAGGAACACAGAUUGAACUUUCUAUCGGAGUCACCUUGGGGAUCUCCACCAUGGCUGCUGCAGCACUGGGGAACCUAGUUUCAGAUUUGGCAGGUCUUGGUCUUGCAGGUUAUGUGGAGGCUCUGGCUUCCAAACUGGGGAUGCAGGGUCCAGAUCUGACGCCCAAACAGGUGGACAUGUGGCAGACCAGGCUCAGCUCUCACAUGGGUAAAGCCAUUGGAGUGUCCAUCGGCUGUAUUUUGGGGAUGUUCCCGCUGCUUUUCCUGAGUGACGAUGACGAGAAGGAGAAAGAAGCACAACCCUGCAGUGACACAGCGUCACACUCUUCUUAACAAGCCACUACAGCCACACCACACCGUCAUACCUACAGACUGGAUACUGCUGAUGUCAACUAAAAAAAGAAGUAUUCACAGGGCUGGAUCUUUCUCUGUCCUCCUGCUCAGGCGGCGUUCACACUUCCUCACUCUCCAAACCCUCUCUGAAUCUGUUUGUGUUAGCUCCAUCACAACUUCAGCUCUGUGGAGUUUCUUGUGAUGCACCGAGCUGUGUUGUUUUCACACUGUCUGCUACAUGACAUGCCAUCUGUUAACUCAAUAUGUCAGUUUAGUGGGGUCUCACUCAUACAGAUUUGGCCAUUUUAGAUGCUGAUGAGGGAUCCUAUCAGUUUGGAUUCUAUUAUUGAGUCUUCUUAUUAAUCCUGUAGUUUCUGGAGUCAGUUAUAGACAUGUUUGAUAGAUUUUUGGUUAUUUAAAGUGAGACUAUGUAACUUUGCUGAACAGCAACUGAUCUAGCAACAGAUACAAUCCCAAGAUUCUCUUGAGUCAGCUGCUUUAAAGACAUCAUUAUUAGACUACAUGUGUACUGGUCAGACGUUUUCACUUUCUGUUAUGUUUGUCCGUGACGUCUUGAUAAGCAUAAGCCCUUUUUACACAGAGAUUGCAUAAUAGAGCUGCUACAAAGUCCCAUCUUCAUGCUGCCUUUGCAUUUUACACAGAACCAAAUGAUGGUGACAUCAUUCCACUCCAGUGUGUGAUUUUAGAUAGCAUGCCAGCGUCGCAGAAACAAAAAAAGUGUGACAUGUGACACAACAGCAUCGAGUUCUAGUGUAACAUACAACAUACACAUUUGUGGCACUUUAUAAACACUUUCAAUGGCAUUACAUGGCAGUAACAGUGAUUUACUGUCCCUGUUAUAUGGCGGCAGAUCUCGUCCUCUUCUCUGAGGUUAACGAGCUCCCCCACCUCAUUGUUUUCCAAAUUUGCAUUUACUUUCAGCCCGCUGUUCUUCUUUGGGUAAGCUGCUAACUGCUAUCAGCUGCUUUUUAAAUUUCCCAUGGUGGGUCACACGCAUAACAUGUUGUCAAAACAUCACACCCUUGCCGUCCAUUGUCCUGGUCUGCUGGCUGUCCUGUUUAAGGCUCAUUUAAGCUUUGGCACGUAGCAAUUUUGAAGAGUGUCGCUUGACAGAAAUUACGUAUUUUCAACAGCACAUGGACAUGAACAGUGGACAAUUUUCUUAUUUCAUGGACAUCAUCAUAUUUUGAUGUGCAGUGUGAUUGAUAGUGUUACUUCUCCCGCCACGGAGACAGUAGUGGAUGCAGAAUUCUUUUCACUGUUUUCAUUAUAUUAUAUAUUACAGAUUUAAUAAAUCUGUAUUAUUUAAACGUCUUUGCAGUCUCCUACGGUCAUAUCUCAGCUGAAUUACAGUACACUGCCUUCAAGAUCUCUGGUGGUUCUGCUCCAUAUCAACUAUGGACGAAAAGAACGCAGAGUACUGACAGAAGAGGGUCUCCAUUUACUUACAUCUCUGUAUCUAAUGUUGAGUGUGAAUGAGCCCUUUGUCCCCUGGAGUCAAGAGUGGCAGCUGUCUGACAUUCAUGCCACCAGAGGCAAAAGUAUGAAAUAUAAUCACCUGGGGGACUACUCAGUGAGCCGAAACAUGGCUGUCAGAGCUGUCCAGACACAUGAAGGACUCAUUGUCACACAAAUGAUAGAUUACUCUUGCUCCACCUUUUCUGUAGGUCACGCUGUAGAGUGCCAAUGAGAAUUUACAGCCACCUCCUUCAUGGGUAAUUCCCAGCACACAUUACACUUUGAACUUUGAGGAGCACCAAACCUCAGGUAUUUUGACCCCAUGUUGUGAAACAGUUUAAACCAACAAUGCAGUCAGACAAGUAUAAACACUAUAAAUAGAUAUUAGUUAACUAGGUUUCAACCAGAGUCAGUCUAUAAAGCUGUAAAUAUCUUCAGUUGUUUAACCUCAACUGAAAUCAGCCACCAUAUCAGCUAUUGGUCAUAUCAGAUUGAGUCUAUAGUGACAAACACCUGAGCAGGGGGUUGUUUUAUUGCUAAUGAAACCAACUUAUAACAUGUUAGAGGAAGGCUGUGUUAGUUUUUUUUUUUUUUUUUUUUCAAAAGUUAUAUGGUCUCACUUAAAAGCUUUUAGAACAUCACAUUAGUUUAAUAACUUGGCAUCACGUGAGCACCCAGAGCUGUUUCUGGAGCUGUUUUAUCUUAAACUGGGCUGAUUUCAUUAUCCUCGACUUACAGCACUCUCAAGCACAUUCUGAUUGAGUACUAUCUGACCCCUAUAAUAAAAUAUCACUUUUAUUUUUCAGUCUACUUGUCUGACAUACAAAGAGUUUCCCCAGAGUGUCAGCACAUCCUUUGCUGGCAUGGUGACGUACAGAUCUGAUCUGCUUGAUUUUGGCACUGGCCCACAUACGGGCUAGCCGUGACCGAUCCACAUUGAAAAUUGUUUCCACUAUCAGGUAUUAAUUUAUUCAGGCGCAGCCAGCAGCCCACUCAGGCUUUAGUGCCAUAGCAUCUCAUGGCUUUCAUAAGUAUGGUGCUGUGUACAGAUUUUUAAUUGGGGAAGAAGAGAGAGGCAUUUACUCUGCAGCGGUAGUUUAAGUAUCUGCAUCUAAAAACAGUUGGAUUGGCUCUAACGAAUGUACAAGCUUACUAGUGUUUUUGCCAUUCUCGCUUCGAAUAAGUUUUUUGCAUUUAUCGCCUUUUUAAACAUCUAGAUUUUUUUCCUUCCUGCUGUGGCCCAGUCUCGGGCAUUGAUAAGAGAAAUUGAUAGUGUUGAAGCUAAAUAAUUCCUGAUUAGUUUGUCACACAUGAAUGAAUAAGAUCAUUAAAUCCAUAAGUCAGUUAUUCAUUAGUCAGACCCAAUUUAUGCAAUUCCAGGCCUGUCUAGGGUGUCCAGUAUUCAGAAAUAUUUAAAUACAAUAGGUGAAAAUAACACAUUUACACUGCAUCUAAAAAACUGCUAGCCUGGUGAGACAAUCCUGAUGAUGUGAGCUCAACAUUCUGUUUUGCUCUCUGUACUUGGCACCUCCUCAGACACUUUCAGUGGGCGGGAGUACUCGCCUUGAUGGACAAACUCUCUCAGCUAAUCAGCGUAAUGAAACAUCUUCAUCACCACCGAAACAAAAUCAAGCUUUUGCCAAAUCCAGUCAGAAGGACAGAGAGAACAUCUUCUCUUGUUCUUGUGUAAUUAUUGUUAUUGACUCUAUUUCUGCAAUAACUUCACUUAUUGCUGUGUUUACUCUACUGGCGUUAGAGUUGCCACUUGUUGCCAUGGGAGCUGCCAUUACUGUUCUGCAAGCAGCAGCCUGCAUUUUAUGUGAUCAACUACAAGUCUCUGAUUGGCUUCUUGUAAACUACUGUGCAGAUCCCUGAUUGACCCUGAUUGGAUUUUAAUUUCUGGAAAGUGUUUGGGGCUGCAUCAAGUCCAGAUUGAUACAGAAAAUAAAACACAACGUUGCUCACGUCAUCAGGAUGGUCUCACCAGGCUAAAAAGCUGCAUUGUUUUUGCCCAAAUCUGUACAGGAAGAGCAUAAAGUAGAUGUGUCUGUAAAGGGGAGAUUCAUGGGGAUCUAUAGAAUCCCUUUUGUAUACGGAUAUCAAAAAUUGAGACAUAAAGGAACCUCUGUGAAAAUGACCAUACCAGUUUUCCCCAGCCAAAUUUAGUCUAAUUUGGAGCAUUGUUUAACACCCCUCCUGGCAAACUAGCGUGACCUGUUUAUCCGCUACGGCCUCUUAAAGCCAGCACUGUGGAGUGGAGUGGAAAAGGUUAACAGAAAACUUGACUGUCUUGUCUUUUUUUUUUUAGUUAAUUGAAGAAACAGCACAGGAACUGUAUUUGGUGGUUAUUUUUCUUCAGCAGACACUCAUGUCCACAACACUAUUUGUUUCUCAUUACUUAAAACUGAGCAGACUUUUCAGUGAUGAAUAUACAGUCACUGCACUUCUCGGCAGUCAGGGUCUCGUCCAUCUUUUACCAAAAAACCCAAACAAUGUAAAAGGAACAGAGUCCACUGCUACCUCGAUGGGAAUGUUUUGCAUGAAGAACUGCUGAGACUUUAAAUUUCCUUGUCGGAUGGUUUUGAAAAUGCUGGAAAGUCUUCACAUGUUUUGUGCGGGUUGGAGCAGGCGCUCGGUGGCAACACUCUCUACUUGGAAACUGAAGUUGCUAUUUUCAGUUUUGGGCUUUACACUACUGUUUGCUUUCCAACUUCUUUUCUGUAUCUGUGUUUUUCUGUCUGCACCAUCUUUUCCUCUUCUCCUCUCCUGACUUGGAUCCAGCCAUCUGUGUGAUUCGUUUUUUAGGUUACGCUUCAUCAGACUUGAGGCUCCAGAUGGUCGGGCUUCACCACAUAUGACCGUGCAGUCCAAAACAGUCCAUACCAGGACAAGUCUAUUUAGUAGUUUUCAGUGAUUUCUGUGACUCAAACCUCUUUCUUAAUCUUUCUCUCCCUCUCACACACUCCAGCUCUCAGCACACAUCCAAGAUGCUUCUGGUAUUCAAAUGAAUCCAGUUGAUCCUUUUCUCCUCUUCACUGCCACCAGCUGCAUCUAAAAUCACACUCUAUUGGGGGGGUAGGGGAUCGAUUCAGCAUAGUAUCACAAUAUUUUGUGUAGCAAUAUUGUAUCAAUACAUGGAUGCCAAAUAUUGAUUUUUUUAAUUAUAUAAAUGAUUAAUGUUGCAAAUACAAAUAACUUUGUUAGCCUACUAAAAAAAUAGAAUUGAUUGUUUUUUAGUCCACUAGAUUCAAUUGGCAGCAGUAAAAAUGACUGAAGUGACAACUUCCUUUAAAAAUGUAUCUUAUCAGAUAAAACAGACGUUGACAAAUUUUACCGUUAUAACUUACAUAAUUUACAGUCGAAAAAAGGUAAUAAAACGCAUGAUAUCACAAUAUAUCAUGGCAAUGCUCAGCAUUGCAAAACAUGUAAAAUUGCAAUAUUGUUGUAUCGUGACCAAAGUAUGGUGAUAAUAUCGUACAGUGGUUCCCACCCCUAGUCCUUAUUCACAAAAACUUUGAGUGUCUGGAUUUUAGGGCUGCAACUUAAGGCCUUUGCACUCUGAGUCUGUUUUUUUUGUGUGUGUGUGAGUGUGUGUGUUUUUGUAAUCCAUCAGCGGAAAAAAAAUUGCUACGCACAGAAACCUUGCACACUGACUCCGAUGAGUUUAAUUGUUUUGCGGAAAUUCACAAUAUGUGACGAAAUUAAAAGACACAUUUCCUUUUUUGCCUCUCUUUACUUGAGUUACGUAUCUGGCUGACAUCACCCCCUCCCUGUCUUUCAUUUGGCCCCGCAGCUACAUGAAAGGGGCAGAGCUGUCCUCCCUCUCUGUCCUCCACAUUCUCAGUGUGCAGUCAACAUCCUCCUCCUCCUCCUCUUCAUCAUUAUCUACCUGAAUAUUAUUGUCUGACCUGUUAAAGUUAGCCUUGUGAGAUAUGAAAUUAUUCUGUGCAUCCUGUUCAUCUGUCUUGUGACACAUUUUUUUUUCACUGGUUCUUGGUCCAAUGUCUCUAAAGGCUCUGACAGAUGUGAAAAACGCAGAAAAUCAAACCUGUUCCGAAAAAAUUUUAAUGACAAAAGUUUCAGACUCAAAGUGCGCAAAGGUGAUUGACACAAUGUGAGGUUGCAUUUAUUUUUAGAUGUGCGUCAAUUUUGGACGAAAAGUGUGUAAAGGCCUUAACAAUUAUUUUCAUUAUCGACUAAUUUAUUGAUGAUUUUAUGAUUAAUGGACCAGUUCUUUUUUAAAAUGUCAGAAAACAAGACAUUUGUCAGAGUGAGCCCAGGUAAAUUCUUUAUAACAGCUAGGGAUGGGCAUUUUGAGUAAGUUCCACAUUUGAGUACCUGUAUUAAUUUAUUAUCUAGUACUGGAGUACUUGCCGAAAAAGAAACAACAACAACAAAAAAGUCAAACAUAAUAGUAGGGUCCAAAAUGAACACCGAGGCUAAACUGUGGUUCGGCGGAAGGGGUCCUGUCUUCGCCACACAGACUUUAGACCUUAGCUAUGAUACACAAGUUUAACAUUACAUAGCUUACACUUUACAUACAUUUAGUUUACUUUGUAGAAAUACUCCCAAACAUUACUUGUAUGCCUGGUCACCACUCUGCCUGUAACAUCAGAUCAAGCAACGUCUGACUGAAAACACUGACUGUGCAGAUUUACCUUUUUUUGCUAUAUGUAUCAGUGUAAAUAUUCAUAGACAGCAGUUACAUCACUGCGUCCUGUCCACGAAGCACUCAAAGAAACAAAGACCCUGAGGGGGGCUUCAAAGUUACUGGACUCACAUUAUUGUCUGGUUAUAUAAUUUAAGUUUUAAUUUAAGUUUUUUGUUUUUGUUUUGUUUUCCAAAAAUUUAAAUAUGUUGAAAAUAAACAUUAGCAUGAAUGCAACAUAUUAGCAGAGAUAAAUUGACCUAUUCAUAAAAAACAAGACAAAAAAACAUUAAUUUCCUGUACACAACAUUGAUAAAUGGGUAACUUCUACUCAUGAAUCCCUGUGCAAUCAUGUUAGCUAGGUAACACUAAAUCACCGUGCGGUACUGAUCCAUAAUAACGAGAUGAACUAGUCAGCUAACAGUUAUAUACUAUUGAAACAUAUUGGCCAGUCAGCUAUAUCACUAAUCCAAGUUUACAGACAUUGUUGUGAGUCACAAUAAAUUGUUAUGUAACUUUUUAAUCAAGAUACUCUGACACACCGCCCACCUCAGAAACAAACAUGAUGUAUACAGUAAAACUUGAAUUAAAAGCCUAGUCCUUAUUAAACAGCCAGUCCCUUUUACUAGCCUGGUUGGCUACACAUAUUGACAAAUAAAGAUCUGUCUCAAUUAGACGCCUGAUAUGUUUGCUAGCAGUUCAUUUUUAUAGUUCUUUGGAUGUAUAAAUCCAAAUUAUUAACCACCCAUCAAAGCUUAGGUAGUUUAGGUGGCUGUUAAGAUCGCACAUACAAAUAUAAAUGUUUAAACUUUUGUGAAUAAGGAGAUACUACACAUCUUUGCUCAGUUAGAUUCUCCACAAUUAAAUCAUUCGGUUCAUUUUACUGAAACCAUGAGCACCAGAGAAGACCGUAAUUUAUUCAGAUUUACCAACAUGACAAAAAUAAAGUGGUGACUCCCUUCCCCUGAUGAUAAAAGCAGAGUAUGUAUCAAUUCCUUAAUUACCCAUUAAGUUAUUCCUUUAGUCCGUAAGGGUCCACUGAUGAAAAGUAUCAAAAGGGUUUUUCAAAAAAAUGAAUCCAAGUCAUGAAUAUUGUUUUAACAGGAUAAAGUGGUGUUGUGUCAAUAUGCCAGGUGCCGUAAUCCUCUCCAGUGCCCUGUCUGUCGGAGCUAGAUCAAAUAAAUGAUUUAUAUGUCAUAUGAUUAUUCAAAGCCUGAUUUUUAUACAGGUAAUGUUCAUACUGGUUCAACUAAGCAAUUUGAUUGUAUUUCUUAUUUUUGCUGAGCAACAGUUUUGUAAGAAAGGAAUGAAAGGCCUGUCCCCUAUAGAUGCCUGGAACAAAUAUCGGCCUGUUAAUUUCAGUGAUUUAAGUAAAUAAUAGCCUAAGGAGUCCUUGGCCAGAAAAAUGCUGAAGACCCUUGCUCUACUUUGAAUAAAUACUGAAAUCCAAAUCAAGUACUUGAGUGUACUCAGGCCCAUCCCUAAUAAGCACCUUUUUGAUCACUAGCCUCAGACACAAACAUGUUCAAAAUUUUAGAAGCUGUACUAGUUUGCUGUUCUUGGUUGAAAUUUGACUGUCAGAAUGUCAAUUAUUUUCCUGUUGAUUGACUAAUUAACAAUCCCACAUAGCAAUACUCAUUAUCACAUUUGAUAGACGCAUAAAUUACAGCCGUGCUACACUACUGCUCACUGCUCACCAUAGAGUAGGGAUGUAUGAUAUGUUAUUGGCCUAUGAAUGAGAAAAUGCACUUAGUUAUUUUUCUGAUGAUGUCAUUUAUAUGUGAUCUUGGGGAUCUUGGGGAUUACGAAUAUUUGUACCUCAUACAAGCUUUUCAGUAAGGAGAGAAAGACUGCUGUUCAUUAGAAUUAACAAGAAAAACUUUAGGGUUAUAUUGUUACACACAAGUUUACAAUAAUUCUAUCUACUGUUUACUCUUGGGUCUGUAAAGACUCUAAACAUAUUACACAAUAUUGAAAAAAAAGCCUGUUUUCCUCUCCAAGAGUAACAUUAUUUCAUAUCAGUGCAUUUCUAUUACAGAGUUAACUAUUGAGAGUGUGUUAUAUCGGGGAAGUGAAUGAGUGACUGACAAAGUGAUUUCACACACAGUCACUGGAUCUCCAUUAAUCCUCAACUGGUUUCCUCAAGAGCAUCUCUACAUUAUCUUCUAUACAGAUCAUAAAGAGAGAACAGGAGUCAUUUUGAUGCCUUUAAAAGUUUAAAAAUUGCCAAAACUUUAGAGAAAUCUUGCAAUAAUGAUUGUGUCUUAGCUGUUAUUGAACAGAUUGUGAUGUAUUUGCUGUGGGGAGGAGAUAUGAUUGUGUGUAGAAGGAUGGGGACACAAAUCCUCAAAUCAAAAGGAAUUAAGGGCUGGAACAAAAAAAAGUUGGUAAAUCCCUGAGUUCACCCUGACGGGUGACAGAAAUGUUUGAACAAUAUUUAAUGAGUGUUUGGACUUGGCUGCACAAGGUAUUUCAGUUUGUCACUGGAUUAACUGUAAACGCCUUGAGUUAGGUCUCCCUCAUUAGAAGGGAGAUUUAUUGUGGAGGACGGGGAGCAAUAUACCAUCUGUUUGAAUCAUGUGUCAAUAAGGAGUAACUAAUUAAGUAAUAAUUCUAAAUUAUAUUAUAAGUUGUUUUCAGGAUGCUGUCUGCUACCUGAACUUUUAUGUUUUUGUAUCAUCUCAUGUUUAUAUCAUGUUUGAGAAUGUUUUUUCUAGAUGAAGUUUUUCUUCAGGCCCGUGUGGACUUUUAUUUGUUUUUAUUUCUCUCUACUCUUGACACUAUUUUGAUUAAUUUCAAUCUCUGACGAAAAAACGAGGAGAGAUUUUGAAGUAUAUGAACAAAAGUGUGUGGUUGCUGUUUGUUAGAGGAAUGCUUUCUUGUGCUGCCAUCUUGUGAACAGUCUGGAACAGCAGCAGCUGUGCACUGAAACGUAUGUGUUGUAAACCAGUGAUGUAGAAGGAUUGAUAUGCAUUUUGCAACAUAAUUUAAACUAAUAUAAUAAAUUUGGGAGUGUUUACCUCUGCAGGUGA